AUGGAUGAAGAGGCGUCUCUUGAGAGUUACUUUGACCAGUCAAUUGCGGGUUCCUCUGAGUACAUGUUUGGAGGAGAAUUGGGUUUGCAGGGCCCACCACAGCUUCAGGAUCCCUCUUUCCUCUGCUCCUCUAUCUCCAACCAACAGAAAGAGCUCACUGAGGAUCUGGACCUGAGCUUUCUGCCUGAUGAGCUUAAUGCUCAGGAUGAAGGGAGAGAGAAUGCAGGAGUGGGUUCGACGGAAGACAGUGGUGUUUACCCAGACUGUACGACUGCGGUGUCGACUGAAGCAGACACUGAUGUCAAUAAGACACAGUCUGCAGACUCCCCCUUCUGCAACCUCCCUAUGACCCCCAUGACCCCUAUGACCCCUGUCGCCCCUGUGGCAGAAAGUUCAGGAAUCAUCCCACAAUUACAGAAUAUAGUGUCCACAGUAAACCUGGCUUGUCCUCUAGACCUGAAAGCAAUCGCCCUUCAAGCUCGAAAUGCUGAGUACAAUCCAAAGCGUUUUGCUGCUGUAAUUAUGCGGAUCCGUGAACCCAGGACCACUGCCCUCAUCUUCAGCUCAGGAAAAAUGGUCUGCACUGGUGCAAAGAGUGAGGAGCAGUCUCGCCUUGCUGCAAGGAAGUAUGCCCGGGUGGUACAGAAGCUUGGCUUCCCAGCCAAAUUUCUCGACUUCAAGAUCCAGAACAUGGUUGGCAGUUGUGAUGUAUGUUUCCCCAUACGGUUAGAAGGCCUGGUUCUGACUCACCAACAGUUCAGCAGCUAUGAACCCGAAUUGUUUCCUGGUUUGAUCUACCGUAUGGUGAAACCAAGGAUUGUCCUGCUGAUUUUUGUGUCUGGAAAAGUUGUUCUUACAGGUGCUAAAGAUCGCUCCGAAAUAUAUGAAGCUUUUGAGAAUAUCUACCCAAUUCUGAAAGGAUUCAGGAAACAGUGA